GGGGGCGAGGGAGGUUUCUAACUGCUCUAGAAAGAGCAGCGCUAGCUCGGUUGGAUGCUGAUGCACAAACCCCGAGCCAUUCGAUCUCCGCACGGCCGUUACCCCCCCCCCAUCCCCCGUGAGCGGUGGCGGGGCCAGGUGGCCUCCCCUGUAAGCGAUAUCCACAGCCGCCGUCGAUUCCCUGCGUUCAGGCUUCGCCGCUCUCGCUCGGUCUCCCCAGGGAGGAGGAGGAGGUGGGUGGGGUGAUUGGAGGUGUUACGCAGUCUUGCUCCUCUCCCAACAAGGAGCGCACCAUCAUCACCAUCAGCACCACCACCGCCACUGCCAUCUCAUGCCCUCUCUCCAACCUGCAAAGGUCAACAACAACAAGAAGAAGCUUUCGCUCCCCUCCCCGACGUCACCGUCGCCUCUCUCCAUCUCGCCACGCGGCGCUGCGCGUCAAGUUGCUUUGAACUUCACAACGAUCACAGUUCUACCCACGGAGCACGUGGACCGGAUUGCCACCCACCCCCCCCCCGGCCCGCUCGCUUUGGCAUUUUGUUUGUCGGUGUUGUUGUUCGGUGUCUUCGCGGGGGUCACACUCUCUUGCGAUCCAUUCAAAUUAAUCAACAACAACAGCAAUAACAACACAAAUAGUUGGCGUCUCGAUGAAUGGGUGGCCCGGUCGCGGUCUCACAAGAGGCUCGGUUGAGGAGUUCCCGCGGGAUGCCGGAGGCGUUCCACGUCGAACGUCGUCGUCUUCGUCGCCUCUCUCCCGACACGCCGAUGGGGAGCCGCUCGCCGCUCGCGUGGCUCGCCGCUCUGCUGCUCAUGCCGCUGCUGCUGGUGUGCCGCUGCGCGUGCCAGACGGGCGGAGGCGGCGGGCGGGCGGCCGUGUCCCUGGCGCGGUUCGAGCGGCGGGCGUUCGUCUUCACGGUGCCCGAGGACUCGGCUCCAGGCAGCACUGUGGGCACUGUGUCAGCCGCGUCGCCGGAGCCGGGGCUUCUCGCAGAUUUCUCGCUCGCGGACGACGACGACGCGGGGGGGAGCACGUUCCUCGUGGACCGGCGCAGCGGCGCCAUCCGCCUGCUCCGCUCGCUCGACCGCGAGGCCCGCCCCUUCUACGCGCUCACGCUGAGCGUCACCGCCGUUCCCGCCGGGAAUUCCGGGAACGCCGGGGACUCGCGUAACCCCCGGAGCGGCGGCGGCGGCGGCGGCGGCGUCGAAUCGGGGGUCACUUCCGAGGGAUCGGCACCGCUGGGGAAUCCGCCCGACGCUUCUGCCGGCGAUGGAGACACCCCCCGAGUCGCCGGGAGCGCUGGGAAUUCCGACGGCAGCGGGACGCUUGCGCGGGUUUACGUCAGCGUGCUGGACGUGAACGACAAUGCGCCGGCGUUCGCGAGCUCGCGGCUGGAGGUGGAAGUGUGCGAGGACGCGGCGCUGGGAGCCGCCGUCGUCAGCCUCAACGCCAGCGACCCAGACGAAGGGGAAAACGCGGCGCUGGAUUUCGAGAUCACAUCGGGCGACCCCGAGCGCCGUUUCUCCGUGGACGCCCGCGGGGUCCUCCGUGUGGCCCGGCCGCUUGACCGCGAGUCGCGGCCCUCCUACAAUCUCCUCGUGACGACCGCGGACCGAGCAGCCCCCCCGGCCCCCCGUUUUACCGCCUCGGCCACCGUCCUCGUCCGGGUCCUAGACGCCAACGACAACGGGCCGGCCAUCGUGGCCCUGCGGGUAUCCGGCCGCGGAUUGGUCCCACGGGAGGAGCCGGAGGAAGGCGGGGCCCGGCCGGCCUUCACGCUGACCGUGCCAGAGGACGUGGCCCCUGGGUCCACGGUGGCCACGGUCGUCGCAUUGGACCCAGACGAAGGAGAGAAUGCGGAGGUGGAGUUCUCCCUGUCGUGGUCUCAGCCAGAGGGAUCACGACCGCCGCCACCGUUCACGAUCGGCGCUCGCGACGGCGUCAUCCGCACGUCGGCGGACCUCGACCGGGAGUCGAACCUGACGUCGGCGGCGUCCUCGGGGCGCUACGAGCUGAUGGUGCUCGCGAGCGACCGGGCGGGCGUGCGGGCGACGGCGACGCCGCAGCCGCCACCGAUAGGCGCAGCGACGGUGCUCGUCAUCGCCGAGGACGUCAACGACAACCGGCCGCGCUUCGCCGCGCCGGCGUACCGCGUCCGUGUCCCGGAGGACGCCCGCGUCGGCGCCAUCGUGGCGCGCCUGUUGGCCGCAGACGCGGAUGCGGGCCUCAACGGACGGGUCCGAUACCGGAUUGUGCCGCGUCGACAGCGCCACGAGCUCUGUGCGACGGACGACUGCGCCGGGACCGGAGUGGAGGGAUCGCGCCGCGGGGACACGGAGGAGAACAACGCCGACGAAGAGGAGGAGCGGUACGACGACGACGACGACGACACCGCGUUCCGCAUCGACCCGGUGACGGGAGAGCUGCGAGUCGCUCGCGGCCUGGACCGCGAGCGCAGGGACGCGUACCGCCUCCUCGUGGAGGCGCGCGACGGGGGCUCGCCGGCGCCGCUCGCGUCCGCCGUUGCCGUGGCGGUCUCCGUCACUGACGUCAACGACCACGUCCCGUCGUUCGGGAGCGACGGCGGCAGAGGCGUCGUGGCCGGGGUCCCGGAGGGCCUCGGCGGGCCCGGCGGGCGGCCGCUUCAGAUCGCCCAGCUGUCGGCGCACGACGACGACCUGGGCCCGGCGGGCGUGGUGUCGUACGCCGUGGUAGGGGGAGACUACGAGCGCGACGCAUUCUCACUGUCAGCCUCGGGGAGGCUCGACCUGCUGCGCCCGCUCGAUCGCGAGGCGCGGCCCCGCCACCUGCUGCUCGUCACGGCCACCGACGCCGGCUCCCCGCCUCUCACCGGCACCGCCACGCUCACUGUGCUCGUGGGCGAUGCCAACGACAAUGCUCCGCGCUUCCCGGGCCGCGACGUGCGCCUGCAAGUGGAGGAGGGUGGCGCGGCUGGCACCGUGCUGUGGACGGCGCGAGCGGAGGACCCGGACGAGGGGCCUAACGGCACCGUCACGUACCGCCUGGAAGGGGGUGAGGGGGCCCUCGAGAUCGAUGCCACGACGGGCGAGCUGCGGACGCUCGUGCCACUCGACCGCGAGUUGCGCGACGGCUACCCGCUGCUCGUGUGGGCCACGGACGGGGGUGCCCGCACUGGCGGCGCCCUCUCUACGUCCGUCUCUGUGCUCGUCACCGUCACGGACGUCAACGACAAUGGGCCGGCGUUUCUCAACGCGCCGUACGUGGCGAGUGUCCCCACGCCAACGCCGAGCGGCGCCCUCAUCUUCGUCCCCACCGCCGUCGACGCCGACUAUGGCGCCAACGCGUCCCUGCGCUUCUCGCUGUCGGGCGACGAUGCUCACCUUCUGGCGCUCGACCCCUCGCUGGGCUCGCUGAGCGCCGCCGCACCGCUCCGCGGCCCCGCCGACUUCACCGUGCACCUCACGGCCACCGAGCUCGCCCCUCCGCACCGCAGCGCCGCCACCACCGUCACGGUUCGCUUCCGGAACGCGGCCUCGUUCCCGCGUCCCCGCGUGCACCUUCGGUCGCCGCCGCCCAUCGUGCUGCCGGAAGACGCGCCGGCGGGGACGACCGUGGCCAGGGUGGAGGCCGAGACAUCCCGGCCCGGCGCAGCCCCCGUGUGGUUCUACGCGGCGGGCGGAGGGGACGGCCCAUUCGAUGUGGAGCGGGCGAGCGGGGCCGUGUCGCUGGCUAGGCCGCUGGACUUCGAGGAGCGGGCGAGCGUGGCCGUAUUCGUGGAGUGCCGCGACGCGGGCUUCCCGCCGUUCUCCAGCUACGUGAGGGUGGACGUGGCCAUCACGGACGUCAACGACAACGCGCCGCGCUUCGAGCGCGACCCCGUUGUGUGCCAGGUCCUGGAGAACACUCCAGCGGGCCCCAUCCCGGGCUGUGUUCUCCGAGCGUCCGACGCUGACGCCGGCCCCAGCGGUGCCAUGCGCUACUCGCUCGCGCCGACCCUGAUCGGCCUCCCGGCCUUCGCCGUCGACCCCGCCAGCGGGCAGCUCGGCACCCUGCGCCCGCUGGACCGCGAGACAGGCGCCACGCAUGAGCUGCUGGCGUUGGCGGAUGACGGCGACGGCAGGACCGCCACCGCCGUCGUCGCGGUGACGGUGCUCGAUGUGGAUGACAACCCCCCGCGCUUCCCGCGCAUCUUCGCCGGCGCGGUGCCGGAGGAUGCUGCCCCGGGAACGGCCGUGCUGCGCGCUUGGGCCGAGGACGAGGACGAGGGCGACAACGCCGCUGUCUCCUACUCCUUGGUGCCGACGGCGAUGCCGGCACCGUUCUCCGUCGAGCCGGAGACCGGCGUGGUGCGGGUGGCCGCGCCGCUCGACCGGGAGGCGGCGGGGGGCGGGCGGCAUGCGCUGCGCCUGCUGGCGCGCGGCGCCGCGUUCGCGGUCAACACGGACGUCGUAGUGGUCGUGACGGACGUCAACGACAACGCGCCGGCGUUCAUCGGGGCGCCGCCAUCACCGCUGGUGGUGCCCGAGUGCCUGCUGGAGGGCGGCUGCCCGGUGGUGCGCAUGGCCGCGGCGGACCCUGACGACGGGGAGAAUGGGGAGGUGUUUUACUCGCUCGGCGGCGGCGACGACGACAUCCUGGAGGAAUUCCGCGUCCAUGCCUCCACGGGCGAGAUCUCAACGCGCGGCCGCUUCCUCCUGCCACGACCCCCGACCCAGUCCUCGGCCCUCCUCGGCCGCCGUGUCCUCCUGACGCUCGUGGCCUCGGACUGCGGCCGCCCCGAGCCGCUCACCUCUGAGACGAUGCUCGCCGUGGACCUCGUCUACGCCAACGAGCACCCGCCCGUCUUCUCCGCACCGCUCUACGUCACCACCGUGGUGACCUCGGCACCCGUUGGCUCCCGCGUGCUCCGCGUCUCGGCUUCCGAUGACCGCGACCUUGGCCCCGCCGCCGAAGUGGUCUUCUCCGUCGUCGACGGCAACGGAAACGGCAGCGCCGGGCCGGGGCUGUUCACAGUGGACCCCGCCAGCGGGUGGCUGACGCUCCGCUCGGCGCUGCGCGGUCGCGCCGGCACCACCCUCUCGCUCGCCGUGCGGGCGCAGGACCGCGGCCUGCCGCGGCCGCUCUCCGCCGAGGCGGCGGUGCUCGUGAGGGUCAUCGAGGACGGCUGGGCCGCCCGGGUGCCGGCGUUCUCGAGAGCCGAGUUCGUCGCCACCGUGCCCGAGUGCGCACCGCUCGGCUCCACAGUGCUGCUCGCGGUGGCGGAGGCGGCAGAGGACGCGGCCGGGCCGCCACUGGUCUACUCGCUGUCGGGCGCUGGCGCGGCGCCCUUCUCAGUGGAUGCCGGCGUCGUGCACCUGGCCACGCCGCUCGACUUCGAGACGACUCGCUCCUACCGAUACAUUGUGUCGGCGCGCGACGGCUGGGGGGGCGCCGCCGCCACGGCCGUGGUGACCGUGACCGUCGCCGACUGCAAUGACAACGCGCCGGCAUUCGAACGUGCCGAGUACCGCACCGAGCUGAGUGAGGCCGCACCGUUGGGGACGUUCGUGGUUGUGGUGCGCGCCCGCGACGCCGAUGGUGAUGGCGACGGCGCCCCGCGCUACUUGCUCGCCGACCCCGCGCUGCCGUUCGCCAUCGACACGGACACCGGCGUCGUCGUCACGGCGGGGCGGCUGGACUACGAGGCGCGGCCGCGCUACCGCUUCGUGGUGAUCGCCAUGGAUGGGCCGCCUGGCGCGGCGGCACGGCUGAGCGGCACGGCGCUGGUGCGUGUCGAGUUGCUCGACGAGAACGAGUUCCCGCCGAGGUUUUCCGCUGCCGGCUUUGUGCACCGCAUCUCCGAGUCGGCCGCACCGGGCACUCACGUCGGCACCAUAUCGGCCACCGACCAGGACGCCGGGCGAGCCGGGCGGGUGGAGUUCCACCUCGUGGGCGCCGAGUCGGCGGCGCGGAGGCACGGCCUGAGGUUGGACUUGCUUUCGGGCGAGGUGGUCGUGGUGGGGAAGCUGGCGUCCAGCUCGUCAUCCUCUCCCGCCGUCCCAGACUCCCCGCCGGACGCCGUGGCUCGCGUGACUCUGACCGUCGUGGCCAAAAACCCCGGCGCCGUGACGAGCGCCGAGCGGCUGGACGAGGCGGCGGUGACGGUGAUCGUGACGGAUGCCAACGAGGCGCCCCGCUUCUUGCGCGAUGUCUACCGGGCGCGAGUGCGCGAGGACGCCCCCUCGGGGACGCCCGUGAUCUCCGUGAUGGCUCACGAUCCCGACCGCAUCCCGCAAUUCGCUCGCUUCUCCUUCCGGCUCGGCGACGAUCCAGCGGCGGCGGCGGCGGCGCCGGCGUCGCGCCCGGCGUUCGCCAUCGACGCGGCCUCGGGCCUCGUGACGUCGGCAUCGCCGCUCGACCGGGAGACGUGCGACGCUUACGCGCUGCUCGUCCUCGCCGUGGACGAGGGGAGCCCGGCGGCCACGGGCACGGCGAUCCUGCGGGUCGACGUCGACGACGCCAACGACAACGCGCCGGUGCUGACGUCCGUCCGGUGGCGCGUCGACGAGGGCCUCCCGCCCGGCACACCCGUGGCCCGGCUGAGCAGCCGCGACGCCGACGCCGAGGAGAACGGGCCGCCUUUUUCCUACCGCCUGGCGCAGCCGUCGCGGUUCUUCGCCCUGAGCGACGACGGGGUGCUGCGCACGACCGCCGAGCUGGACCGCGAGGAGACGGGGGAGGUGGCGCUCGCGGUGGUGGUGUCCGACUCGGGGACACCCCAGCUCACGUCGGUGGUGGAGGUCACGGUGGAGGUGGGCGACGUGAACGACAACGCGCCCUCACCGCGCCCCCUCGACAUCCUCGUCAGCUUCUUUGGUACGACCUUCCCCGGCGGUUUCCUCGGCGACGUGCGGCCGCUGGACCUUGACUCGGAUGACGAAUUCACGUGCCGGAUCGUGGGGAACGCGGAGGGCGCCGAUCCGUCAUCAGCGCCGCCGCAAUCGCAGUCACCAUCUCAUUUGUCACCGUCGUCAUCUGGGGCUUUCAGCAUCACGCCAGGUACGUGCAACCUGCUGUCUGAGCCGCGCGACUGCCACGGCACACCGGCGACGGUCGUGCUGUGGGUGGAGGCGAGCGACGGCCUCCACACACCCGUGCUGAGCGCCGCGCGCCUGCGCUUCAUUCCCUACGACGGCGCCUCCCUCGCCGGUGCCGCGCUCCUCUCGCUCGGCUGCACAGAGCUCGGCCGCUUCCUCGAUGCCGGCCUCGCGCCGCUCCUCGCCUCCGCCUCUGCUUUGCUGAGUUCCGUUGGAGCGGACCUGCGCGUGCUCCACGCGUUUCGCCACGGGAACGCCUCCUACGCCUGGGCGGCGCUCGCCAGAACCGACAGCGGCGGCGACGGACGCGGCUUCUGCGCCCGGGACGCUCGGAGGUUCCUGCGGGCCUUGUCGGCCCGGGACCCAAACCCGGACCCGAACGCCAGGCUCGGGGGCCUGUUCGAGGUUGUGGCCGACACAUGCCGCCUGUCGGACUGCGUGGCGCCGGCGCGCUGCAUGAGCCGGGGUCCGGCCGUGGGCCCCGGCCUCCUCGCCGUCACCGAGAGCGAGACGUUCGUCCUGGUGUCGCACGGCGCCGCUGGCCCUCUGUGGACAUGCGAGUGCCCGCCGGGGGCCGCCGCGGCACCCGAGUGCGAUGGGGAGAUGCGGGGGGCAGGCGCGGGCGUCGCGGCAUUAACAACGGGGGUGCCGGUGGAGAAUGGGGCGGCCGCGGGCGGAGCAGCCAUAGGGGAGGCGGCUGUGGAGGAGGAGGGGAGUGGAGCGCCCUGCGAGGAGCGGGGGUUCGGCUUCCAGGGCUCCUCCUUCAUGGAAUUCCCGGCACGGAUUCUGGACCUGGAGAGGAAUGAGAUUCGGCUGGAGGUAGCAACGACGCGGACAAGUGCGCAGCUGCUCCUGCUCGCCCGCGACGAUGGAGGACGUUGGUGUCUGUCCGUGUGGCUCAUGGGAGGUCGCGCUUCCGUCUCGCUUGACCUUGGUGGAGAGGUCACCACCGUGGAGGCAGGGCAAGGCCUAAGCGACGGCAACUACCACACCAUCGCCGCCCUGCGCCGUGGAAAGACCCUGAGUGUGCAUGUAGAUGACUGUGAACAUUCAGGCGAGGUGCAGAAUCUGGACCACUGCCAGGCCACAGGGACCAUCGCGGGCAACUCCAGCAUCAUCUGGCCACUUAGCAACGGCUCAGUGAGCGUUGGGGGUGCGGACUCCACGGCGACGCUGCCCGGGGUCCUCGGCAAGCGCGAGGGGCGUCCGCGGGGCCUGGACGGGUGCCUGCGCGGAGUCAGCGUGGACGCGCUGCCUCUCGCACCGUGGGGGGCUCGCAGAACCAUGGCCGUCGCUGACACGUGUCCGCUUGCGGGCCGCGAGCUCCUCCCUGCGGAGGGCGGUCCCGGAGACGGCGGUCCGGCGCCGUGGCUUCUGGCGACCAUCACCGCCGUGCCGCUGCUCUCUGCACUCCUGGCGGCCGCGGCGGUGGGUGCGGCGCUAGCGCUGCUUGCCCGGCGCCGCCGCCGCCGCCGUUCCAAGGCUCGGGGCUCCGCAGCGGUGGCAUCGGCGGCCGGCCCGGUGGGGUUGGCGGCAGAACGCCUGGCGUGCGAAAAGCCGGCGCCGAAGGGCGGCAGCGUGAACGAGGCGUUCGUGCAUGACGGCGGGACGGUGUGCCUAAGCCGGCCCGACAUCAUCGUGGAGCAGACCGAGAGCCGGCCCUACGCCAUCGUUGACGAGCGGGCCCUGCGCCCCGCCGCUCCCCGGCAGCGUCAGCACGGGAGAAUGUUCGCCAUGGGGCGGCAGCUGGAUGAGGGUGAUGAGGAGGAGGAGGAGGAUGGGACGAUGAGAAGGGGCAGCCACCACGGCCGGCCCGAGCACUACGACCUGGAGAACGCGAGCAGCAUCGCCGCGUCCGACGCGGACGUGGAGAUGCACUACCGGACGCUGCGUGCGCGUGGGGCAGACACCACGAUGGGCCAUCGUCCACAACAUCGUCAUCCACCUCUGCAUCAUCAUCAUCAGCAGCAGCAGCUGGAUAAAGAGGAGCUUCAUCACAAGCACCACCAGUGUCUUUAUUGCUCUCAGGAUUGCCUCAGUCAGAAACCCGACACCUGUCACUCUAUCUGUCAGUGUCACCAUCACCCUCUUCAUCCUCAUCUCGAGAAGCAGUGCACUGAUGACAGUCUGCAUCGUCGACGGACGAACCACAACCUCGUCGGCCAGGAACCAUCCCUUGCCAAGCGACCGGGCGCCACUUCGUCCCAGAGCCACGCUGGUGACACCUCUUCCUCCUCCUCUCUCUGCCGCUGCAACCGUGGCUCGUGGCCACGGUCGCCCGUAAACCGCACGUCACUCCUUUCGGACCGCUUGGACGUGCUCGCCAGUUUGGCCAGCGCGGGGGAUCUCUCGCGACACAGGGCGGCCGGCCGCCAGCUGGCGACACCCUGCGGCGGGGUCGCCGGCGCGAGACGCUCGGAGGAGUUUCCCUUGCGGGCCACGGCGACGACGACAUUCGGCCUGCGGCGCCCCUCCCCGGACACCGUGGCCUCGUUCGCGCCGCCAUCGCGACUUUCCCGCGAGGAGGUGGCGCGGCUCGGCGUGCGGCCCCCACCGCCGCCGAGCCCGCCUGGAGAGGGGGGAGACGGCGAGGGCGGCGAGAGCCCCGUCUGUGCAGGGGAGCGGCGGCGCGUGGAGGCGGAGGAGUCGGGCUCGGAGGCGCGCACCGACAGCCCGUCCCCCGAUGGAUCCUUCACCGGAUCCGAGAUGGAGUUCGAGUUCAGGCACCGCCCGAGCGAAAGUUGAGCUCGGCUAGGCGCGUCGAUCUAUGGAUGGACGGCGCCGAAGUUCCGGGACGUGAUCCUGAGGGGCCCCCCCCUGGGCGCCCUGACCAUCUUGCGAACAUGUCGCCGAGUAAUUGGAAAUGGAACAAGCGGUGGCGGCCAGUCGUUCAACGAUUUUUUGCUGCCGGGGCCGGGUGAGAGGAUGACACUUUGCCCUGGGUGCUAUAAAGUCAUGGGCUACGGCUCUAUUGAUGAACUUGAAUAUGACGAUAUAUUUAUUUACGAUAUCCUGACAUCCUUAAAUUUAGGAGCAAGGCCUUGUGUGCUUUGUUUAGUAGUCGAAUGCUUCUGUGGGAAAAAAAAAACUGGAAAAAAUUUCCGGCCUGAAUGCUGUCAUUUUUGAAUCGCACAUCUUCUGUAAACCCACCGCAAUUUUUUUUAAUAACCAGCAGCUAAAAAAUGUAAAAUGUUGUAUUCAUCGAGAAGAUGACGUUAUGGGUGUUUGCCUACCUCUGAUAACAUGGGAUCACAGGUACCUUCCUGCAAAGGAUGAAUCACGUUUGUUGGACUCUGAAGCUUUUAUUCUUUGUUCGUUAAAAAGUUUUGUCGAAAAGAAAUUGUCUAGCAACUUAGUUGCAUUGGUUACUUGACCGUCUGUGCGUGUUGGUGAAGGGGAGUAGGGGGGCAUCAAAGACCUGGACCACAAGUGAUAGCUCAAAGAAGUGGCUUGUUAUCACGUGGAAAUGUAUAGCAGCCAAAUACUCUAAAUGCAUGAUGUUGAUUCUAAAUAUGGAGGGAAAAACCAGAGGACCCAGAGAAAAAUCUACACACUUCAAAUAUACAACAGACAUCAGGGUUGGGAUUGGACCCACGUCCUCUUGUAUCACACGCUACUGAUGCUAGCCGAGGCUGGGAAUUAAACUCAGGUUGCCAGGUUCGUAGUGCAGUGCGCUAGCAACCACUGCAUCAAUGCCCACGCCACAAAUCAAGUGAGCCGAGCACGGGAUUGACUUCCAUUGGCCUCUUGAGCCGCUGUUUCAUAAUCGUUUAAAAUUACGUUUUAAUGUACAGUGUUUACAAGUACAGUAAAACCUUGGAUUGCGAGUAAGGUCUGCGAGUUUUUUGCAAGACGAGCAAAUUUUUUUAAAUAAAUAUCAAUUUUAUAAACGAGCGAGGUCUUGCAAUACGAGUAGUGUACGUGUAGACGCUUUGUCUGCCGAGCGUCACGUGAUCACAACUGAUAUACGAGUGCUUUGGAUUACAAACACGUUUCCGGAACGAAUUAUGCUCGCAAUCCAAGGUUUUACUCUAUUGCUGUCCCUGCAACAACUGUGAAACGCAAUGUUUACAAUACAAGUUACUCUGCUGCAUGCAA